AUGGACUUGUUCAUCACUGCCCAAGAGCCCUUUGCGCAUCAUCCACUCAAGGCCAAAAGCUUCCCUUCGGCUCUGAGCAGCUCAACCGACAAACCCCCCGGUGAUGGUGAUGCAAAGCCUCUUACGCCUCUCCCACCAGUUUCGCAGCUCGAGUUUGAUCUCAUUGUUCAUGAUCCUUGCCAUGACAGCACUCUCACCGGCUCGUGGGAUCCUCUCCCGGCCCCUCUGAACAUUCCUCUCAAUACCUCCAGGGUUCAUCUUCUCAACCUCCUGCGGGAAAAGCUCCCUGUCGUCGAGGGAUCCAGCAAGAAUCGUCUCAGUCGCCAAGUCCGCCGUCCCAAGCUCAUCUCUGCUACGCUGUACUGGACCUAUGGCGGCAAGAUUUACCCACUUGGACCUAGCGACAAGGAGUGGCAUUAUCGCGGUCUCGUCACCAAGACAGACAUCAUGGCUCGCUCUGAGCUUGAGUGGUUUCUUCUCAAGGAGAUGAUGGCUUCGUCUAGAGGAGCGCUCAAGUGCUACAUCUCCGUUCGUGGUGAGCACCUCCAGGCCAAGAAGACCUCUGGCUGGUGGUUCAAAAACAAUGCGUGA